CCGGCCGCUUGGGCUGCUCGGGUCCGCCGCUCUCGGACGAGCUCACCACUCUCCCGAAGCUCUGCGGCGUGGCAGGCGCCGCGGGAGCGCUGGCCAUGAGGACCCUGUGGAUGGCGCUGUGCGCGCUGGCGCGGCUGUGGCCGGGGACCCUGGCCGGCUGCGCCGAGGCGGGGCGCUGCUGCCCGGGCCGGGACGCCGCCUGCUUCGUGCGCGGCUGGAGGUUGGACAGGGUUUACGGGACGUGUUUCUGCGACCAAGCCUGCCGCCUCACGGGGGACUGCUGCUUCGACUACGCCAGGGCAUGCCCAGCUCGCCCGUGCAUCGUGGGGGAGUGGAGCCCCUGGAGCGGCUGCGUCGACCAGUGCCAGCCCGCGGCCCGCGUGCGGAGGCGCUCGGUGCAGCAGGAGCCCCGGAACGGCGGCGCGCCCUGCCCGCCCCUGGAAGAGAGAGCCGGCUGCCUGGACUACUCGACGCCCCAGGGCCAGCACUGCGGGCACUCCUUCGUCCCUGCCUUUAUAACUACCUCUGCAUUCAACAAGGAGAGAACAAGACAAGCCGCCUCUGCACAGUGGUCUACAGUCACAGAGGACGCCGGAUACUGUAUGGAGUUCAAGACAGAGUCAUUGACUCAUCACUGCGCUAUGGAAAACCACCCCCUGACUCGAUGGAUGCAGUAUCUCCGAGAGGGGUACACAGUAUGCGUCGAUUGUCAACCCCCAGCUAUGAAUUCUGUGAGCCUUCGCUGUUCUGGAGAUGGCCUGGACUCAGAUGGAAAUCAAACUCUCCAUUGGCAAGCAAUUGGCAAUCCUCGAUGUCAAGGAACGUGGAAAAAAGUUCGGCGAGUAGAUCAGUGUUCUUGUCCAGCUGUUCACAGUUUUAUUUUUAUAUAGAUUGUGAUGUAAAUAUUUCACAAUGUGUUCGUCAACAUGCUAAACCUAACCAAGUCAUGUUCAGUGCUUCAUAAACCUUCAAAAACCAUCUGGCCAAAGUCCCUAAAACACAUCUUAUCGCCACACUCCGAAGUAGAGAAAGAAAAUGCACGGGCCCGUUCUCAAGAUGCCCAGUACCUUUGUUUUUAUGUUUACUACAUUGAGGACCUACCCUAAAGGUUCCCGUGGUUUUGUGUCCUUGGCCUUCUACAGAGUCCUCUCAUUCAAAGGUCGCCCACACAACAUAGAAUGCAUGUCUGUUUGCACUAAAAUUACUACAGU